GAGGGAGAGGGGGAGAAAUGGAUCCACUAAACUGGUGUAACAACAUUACGAUAGACUCCCUGGAUGAGGGAGAGGGGGAGAAAUGGAUCCACUAAACUGGUGUAACAACAUUACGAUAGACUCCCUGGAUGAGGGAGAGGGGGAGGAAAUGGAGUGAGAAACGAUGGGAGAGAAAGAUGGAUGUAGUGCAGGUGAAGAGGGCGGAGUUGAGACAACACUGAAUGUGUGACUUAGACAAACACAGAGCUACACAACACAGUUAUCCCUGGAGCCUCACAAUCCCCCUGAGAGGAGAGAGAAUGGGAGAGGAACCACGACACUAACCCUGGACUACACACAUUGACACAACAGGGAAAAUGUAUGAAAUGUGUUGGUUUCUGUGACGGAAAGGGUCAAGGAUUAUAUCACUGGAUUGUUAAGGUUUCUUUCUCAAGGUCUGAGGCACACACACACACAGAGGGAGAGAGAAUGUCUUCAAUGUCAGAAGCAGACUCCCGCUGUCAACCAGGAGACACCAUCUGUAAUAUCCGUGUGUACGAGCAAGAAGUGAUCAUCGUGCCCAUCCUCCUAUUGGCUAGCUUCCUGGUCGUGCUGGUCUUCAUCAUCCUGCUACGGUACUGUCCUGAGAAGGUGGACCGCAUCCGACCACAGAACACUGUGGCCACGUCCAGAUCACAGCGCUCCAGAAGACAACUGCACGGCAUUGAUGCUCCCCUGGGUAUCAACCCGCUGGAACAUGAGACUAUUGCUCUCGAUACCCCCUCCUACUCUACCUUCUCAUCAACUCACUCCCACCCCUCCUCCAACCGUCUCUCCUUCUCCAUGAGGACUCCCUCUCUCCCCCCUAUCCCCCCACCCAAGACCUUCAUCCCAUCCUCCCUGUCCAGCCCCCUGCCCCAGGCGUUGACACCUUCCUUCACCCCUAUGGUCCAGCCCAGGGAGCUGCCUCGCCAGAGGCUGCCAGAGUCCUUCAACAUAGUGGCCUCGCUGCCCACAGCCUUCUCCCUGCGCUCUGACAAGGCUGUCUCUCUCUACAGGGCCCGCAUGGACAACAGGAACGCUGUGCUCCGAGUGCUCAACGACUCUGCGAGCGCCACAGAGAGGCACAACUUCCUGGGCUUUGCUUCCUUCUUGUCUCAGUUGGGGCCACACCCCUUCCUACCGGAGCUUCUGGGCGUGGUCUCUCUGCGUGUGCCCCUAGUUACCGUUGUUGAGGAGCUAGAGAACAGAGAUCUGCUCAGCUUCCUGUGGCGGUGCAGACAGGAUGGUGUGGGCGGGGACCCUCCAUGUGAGAUCACAGAGAGACGUAUAUUUACCAUGGCCAAACAGGUAGCCUCUGCUCUGGAGUUCCUCCACAGCCGAGACCUUCUUCAUGGCAACGUCUGUGCUCACAGUGUAUUGGUCAGCCGGGAGCUGACGGCCAAGCUGUGGGGACUGGGCGGGGUCUACACCAGGAAUACCCAGGGAGCUACUAAGACUGAAGUUCCCAGCUUGAAGAAAUGGCAGGCCCCUGAGCUAUUGGCUAGGAGGCCUGCCAAUCAUAGCAGUGACGUCUGGUCGUUUGGCAUCUUGUUGUUUGAAAUGGCGACCUUGGGUGAUGCUCCGUUUUCAGAUAUCUCCGUCAACGAGCUUCUACAGUUUCACCAGAGAGGGAAAACACUGAGAAAGCCAGCCAACUGCUCCAACUCACUGUACUCCAUCAUCAAGGCCUGCUGCCAAUGGAAGGAGCAGGAUCGCGCCACGUUGGCCGAGGUCGACCGCAAGCUCCAAUCAGGAGAGAAGAGUGCCAACGACAAAGUCCUCAAGGUGCCUGAGCCAAUCAACAUCGAGCAGUACCUGCAAGAGGCUGGAUAUGGGGAGUCCAACAGCUACACUGUUCUCUGAGUGGCAGCUGUGCCGUCCAAUGAAAUGCACUAUGCCGAGGGACGACGGUGGAUGUUUAUAUAUGUAUGCCUCCAUUCAUUACAGAAAGAUAUUCACUUCCUUCUGCUCUUUUUCAGUCCCCUUCAUGGGGGACUGCAUUUUUUUGUAGCAUAGACUUAUGAUAAGUGUACUUGAACAGAUACAAUCGUUGAGUCAACUUCAGUUUGUAGAUGAUUGUGUAUAUCAGUGGAGGCUGCUGAGGGGAGGACGGCUCAUAAUAAUGGCCAGAAUGGAGUGAAUGGAAUGGUAUCAAUUUCAUGUGUUUGAUAUCAUUCCAUUCACUCAAUUCCAGCUGUUCCACUCCAUUCCAGUCAUUAUUAUGAGCCGUCCUCCCCUCAGCAGGCUCCACUGAUGUACACUACCGUUCAAAAGUUUGGGGUCACUUAAACAUUUCCUUGUCUUCCAUGAAAACAUACAUGAGAUGAGUUGCAAAAUGUGUAGGAAAUAUAGUCAAGACGUUGACAUGGUUAUAAAUAAGGAUUUUUCAUUGAAAUAAUAAUUGUGUCCUUCAAACUUUGCUUUCGUCAAAGAAUCCUCCAUUUGCAGCAAUUACAGCCUUGUAGACCUUUGACAUUCUAGUUGUCAAUUUGUUGAGGUAAUCUGAAGAGAUUUCCCCCCAUGCUUCCUGAAGCGCCUCCCACAAGUUGGUUUGGUUUGAUGGGCACUUCUUAUGUACCAUGCGGUCAAGUUGCUCCCACAACAGCUCAAUAGGGUUGAGAUCCGGGGACUGUACUGGCCACUCCAUUAUAGACAGAAUACCAGCUGACUGCUUCUUCCCUAAAUAGUUGUUGCAUAGUUUGGAGCUGAGCUUUGGGUCAUUGUCCUGUUGUAGGUGGAAAUUGGCUCCAUUUUUAAGCGCCAUCCACAGGGUAUGUGUAACGGGUGUCGUCAUCGGACCAAAGCGCAGGGUGGUAAGUGUUCAUGCUUUUUAUUUAAACUGAACACUAUAACAAAAUAACAAAGAGAAUAAACGAAACCAAAACAGUCCUGUCAGGUGCAGAAAACACUAAACAGAAAAUAACUACCCACAAAACAUAGGUGGGAAAAAGCUACCUAAGUAUGGUUCCCAAUCAGAGACAACGGAUAGUCAGCUGUCCCUGAUGGAGAACCAUACCUGGCCAAAACAAAGAAAUACAAAACAUAGAAAAAGGAACAUAGAAUGCCCACCCAAAUCACACCCAAACCAAAAUAGAGGCAUAAAAAGCUCUAAGGUCAGGGCGUGACAGUAUGGCAUGGCAUUGCAAAAUGGACUUAUAGCUUUCCUUCUUCAAGAUCUCUUUUACCCUGUACAAAUCUCCCACUUUACCACCACCAAAGCACCCCCAGACCAUCACAUUGCCUCCACCAUGCUUGACAGAUGGUGUCAUCACUCCUCCAGCAUAUUUUUUUUUCUGCGUCUCACGAAUGUUCUUCUUUGUGAUCCAAACACCUCAAACUUAGAUUCGUCUGUCACUUAUUCCAAUCUUCCUCUGUCCAGUAUUCUUUUGCCCAUCUUAAUCUUUUAUUUUUAUUGGCCAGUCUGAGAUAUGGCUUUUUCUUUGCAACUCUGCCUAGAAGGCCAGCAUCCCAGAAUCGCCUCUUCACUGUAGAUGUUGAGACUGGUGUUUUGCGGGUACUAUUUAAUGAAGCUGCCAGUUGAGGACUAGACCCUCUAAUGUACUUGUCCUCCUGCUCAGUUGUGCAACGGGGCCUCCCACUCCUUUUUCUAUUCUGGUUUGCGCCGAGUUUGCGCUGUUCUGUGAAGGGAGUAGUACACAGCGUUGUACAAGAUCUUCAGUUUCUUGACAAUUUCUUGCAUGGAAUAGCCUUAAUUUCUCAGAACAAGAAUAGACUGACGAGUUUCAGAAGAAAGUUAUUUGUUUCUGGCCAUUUUGAGCCUGUAAUCGAACCAACAAAUGCUAAUGCUCCAGAUAUCCAACUAGUCUAAAGAAGGCCAGUUUUAUUGCUUCUUAAAUAAGUACAACAGUUUUCUGCUGUGCUAACAUAAUUGCAAAAGAGUUUUCUAAUAAUCAAUUAGCCUUUUAAAAUGAUAAACCUGGAUUAGCAAACACAACGUGCCAUUGGAACACAGGAGUGAUGGUUGCUGAUAAUAGGCCUCUGUACGCCUAUGUAGAUAUUCCAUUAAAAAUCUGUUGUUUCCAGCUACAAUAGUAAUUUACAACAUUAACACUGUCUAAACUGUAUUUAUGAUCAAUUUGAUGUUAUUUUAAUGGACAAAAAACAAGGACAUUUCUAAGUGACCCUAAACGUUUGAACGGUAGUGUAUAUACUGUAUAUCAGGGAUGGGCAACUCCAGUCCUCAGGGGCCUGAUUGGUGCCACACUUGUGUCCUAGCCCCCAGCUAACGUACCUGACUCCAAUAAUCAACUAAUCAGGAUCUUCAGUUUAGAAUACAUUUAGUUUAAUCACCUGCGUUUGCUAGGGAUGGAGAAAAGUGUGACACCAGUCCGGCUCCCGAGGACAUGAGUUGCCCAUCACUGCUGUUUAUGAAGGUUCACAAAUCUUGUCUUCAAAAUGAUUGUGUAAUAGGAGUAAUAAUAUAUGUCUAGAUUCUUUUUGCUGUGAUUUGAGGGACUGAAAGAACACAUGGGUGGAUACACCAGGCUUCAUUAGAGGUUUAUAAGGUGUUUAUAAGUUGUUUUGUGACACUUCAUUUAUCAUUUUAAGUCCAACAAUGUAUGUAGCAACUAAUAAUUCUAGCUUUAAUAAAUAUGUCUGUCUCAUAAGUAAUUAUCCUGCGGAAAAACUCAGGACCCUGGUUGCGCCUCAAGUUUGUUCUGGUCAGGUGAUCAUGAAACCUCCCCGAAGAGGAAGCUAAAUCUGUCACUCCUUUUUUAUGGUUCAUAAACAGUUAAUGAAAUUAAGCAGACCAGACCCAGCUGCUAAAUCCAUGGAGACCAGAACUGUGGCAAUUUUUGUUUUAUGGUAAAUGACCCAAGUGGGAUAUUUGGUACAAGCUAUAUGGAAGGUCAGAUUUCAGUGGUUGAUGUUCUACUGUAAAUGAGUACAAACUGAACUGACAUUAUUUGCACACUCUCCACAAUGUGAAUCAAUGUAGAAGUUUACCAAUGUCAAUUAAAACUGUUCACACUGA